AUGAGCGCACCUUUGGAGCCGAUACCUCUCCCUGAAGCACCUCUCAGUGUCAUCGACUGGGGUCGACUCAAGUGCAACGAUGCUGGUGAGAGAGACAAGCUUCUCUCGGCGUGUGAGGGCCAAGGCUUCUUCUAUCUAGAUCUGAGCUGCGACGAGACCUUCCUGAAGGAUUGGCAAGCCGUCCUUGAUUUCAUGGCAAACUACUUUCUUCAGGAUGUAGCUGAGAAAAUGAAGGACGAUCGCCAGAGCGACACCCACGGGUACGUUGUGAAACCACGAGAGAGCGUCGGUAAUAACCUGCAACUCACCUUGGAGAAUAGUUACGAGCCAGUCGCAACCUCAACGGGCGCAGAUGGAAACCACCUCGACUACUACGAGUCCCUCAAGGCCUCCAGAGACGAAUUACUAGGACAAGACAGCAACCUCGCGCCCUCCAUCAAGGAAAACCACAACCUCUUCCUGCGCUUCACCAACGCCGCGCAGCACGUAUGCAUGAGCAUCCUCGGCCACCUAGACAUUUGCCUCAACACCAACCAGUCCUCCAAGCUGGUCGACUUUCACCGGCCAGGCAAAGAAUCCCUCACAACGCUCUCCAUGUUCCGCUACCCCAAGCAGGACUCCCUCGCCCUCGGCGUCGGCCACAACAAGCACACCGACAUCGGCACCCUGACCUUCCUCCUCUGCCAGCAAUGGGGACUCCAGGUGCUGUCCAAAGAGCCCGCCGGAUGGCGAUUCGUGGCCCCCAAGCCGCGCCACGCCAUCAUCAACGUCGGCGAUACUCUGCGCUUCCUCUCGGGCAACCGCCUCCGCUCGGCCGUCCACAAGGUCAUUCCCACGCGGGGGCUGCAGCACGAGGACCGGUACAGCAUUGCCUACUUCCUCAGAGCGGAGAAUCGCAUCCAGUUCACCGACAGCACGGGGCGGCACGUCUCGGCGAAGCAGUGGCACGACGAAAAGUUUGACGUGUUUAGGGAGACGCACGAGGAGCAGGACAAGAUGCCCAUCUUGACGGGGGGGAUGGAGCGCAUGGAGAGUAUUGUGGUGUGA